AAAUUUGCAUACGCGCUGGUCGAACAAAGCAGUUCGAGUACGAGUCUUUAUUGAAACAAAAGCAAACACUGUUGUAGGAACAGUUUUAAAGCGAGAUAACGUCGUGAAAGCUUAAACGCUUAUUAAAAUAUUCAGCUGACAUCAUGAGUUGCCCAAAAAUAGUAAGUCCAUCUCUGGCCAUUGCUGUUGCUGUAGCUUUUGGUUGUUUUGCCUUGUGUCUUGCACCAUGUUGUCUGGCCGCCGCUGCGAUAGAUACCAAAGGGCUGCCACAAGAGCUAUUGGUGCCAUUCAAUGAUUUAUUACCGCCACUGUCCGAUGCUGAGUUCCAGGAUGCCCAAACAACAUCAACAACAACAAAAAGAACAACAACAAGAACAACAACUACAACUGCAGCACCGGUCACAGAGACACCAGUUAGCAAAACGACUACAACGAGAGCACCACUAGAGGUGACAACGGCGAAAUCAACAAAAUCAGCCACAAUACAAAAACAUAAAAAGACACAAUAUAAAUUAGAUCAGCAGUUGCAAAAGCAACAACUAGCAGUGCCAAUAUUAGAUUUGAACCCCGAGGUACCACCCGCUUUGCCACAAGCCGAAGUACCUGUAGCGUCGAAGGCAACAGAGGCACCAGUAACACCGAAAACAGUAGUAGUGCCCACAACAACUACAACUCGAGCUCCACCUGCAGCACCAACGAAAGCGCCCGUUAAGGUGUCGGAGCCCAAACAAGCCGCUUCAACGCAACACUUUCAGCAAGUGCAAGUGGCACAAACACAACAAUAUCAAGAGUUACAAAAACACCUGCAGCCACAAAAACAACAACAAUACAAGCUGCAACAGCAACAACAACAGCUAACCAAGCAAGCGCCGCGUUCGCCACCAGCUCAACACCGGUUCCAAAAGCCACAAGUUGCUGGUGCCUUAAGAAAAGUGACACCGCCGCCGGCGCAACGCAGCGCGCCAGCAGCAACACAAGUCAACGUUGAACACCUUCAGCAAUAUCUCGAAUACAUUUACCAUCCGACGACGCGUCGUCCGUCACGCGGACCGCUGCCCACGCUGACGCCAUUCCCGCGGCAUUUCAAGUGAAGUGAAGGCUUCCGGUGAAUGGGCGGACCGCAUUUGUGCUACCUUCACUCGUCAACAAUCUAAGAAGACUUAAUUUAUUCGCACAAUUCCCCUACAGCGUCUCAACGCAUGUAAAUCAGUGAUUAACUAGUUUUACGAAAAUUAAUAACGAAUAAAAUAACGAUAACGAAGUUAAGUUGAAAACUUGAAAAAUACAAAAAUAAACUCGUAAAUUUGCAUAC